AAGAAGAUCUGGACGUGUUUGACCUGAAGAAAUACUCUGCUUCAGAGGAGGCUCUUCUGAGGCUGCUGCCAGUGGUCAAAGCCUCCAACAAAGCUCUGCUGAGUGGCUGUAAGCUCUCAGAGAGAAGCUGUGAAGCUCUGUCCUCAGUUCUCAGCUCCCAGUCCUCUAGUCUGAGAGACCUGGACCUGAGUAACAAUGACCUGCAGGACCCAGGAGUGAAGCGUCUUUCUGAUGGACUGAAGAGUCCAGACUGUUUAAUAGAAAGUCUCAGUCUGUCAUUCUGUCAGGUCUCAGAGACAGGCUGUUCGUCUCUGGCCUCAGCUCUGAGCUCCAACCCGUCCCAUCUGAGAGAGCUGGACCUGAGCUACAACCAUCCAGGAGACUCAGGAGACAGACUGCUGUCUGCUGGACUGAAGAAUCCACUCUGGAGACUGGACACUCUCAG